AUGGAGACCUCAGCUCGGAGGCGAAGAGUCGAGACAAGUAGGAGGAGGACAGGGUGUCAGGCCUGCCGCAACCGUCGGAAAAAGUGUGUUGCCUGCGUCCAGCGCGGGUUGGACUGUAUAUACCAGCGGCCGCUUGUUUUCAAAGGCUUCAACGAGCAGCGAAUCGACUCACCAGAGGACUCGCGUCAUGGCGACACGAAAAGAGGCCCGGAAGGAGGCCGCCUGGUCAGGGAGUCAUCUACCUUCGAUUUGGGAAACACGGUUAUCUACGCCAGUCGCGAGCAGGCCGGAUAUGCUCCUAAGCCACACGAAAACACAUGUGUUUCAUCUCAGUCGGACAAUCUAACAUCGACCAAAGUCUUAAGUCUUUCCCGAGUUAGCGAACCACCAUCCUUAACUUGGGGCAGUAUAUCAAAACCCACAUCUAAGCCCUCUUUACCUUCUCUGGACGAAUAUGUGUCUGGAUUGCAACUUCAUGAAAUCAGAAGACAGUGGAAAGAUGAUACCGUUGGUCCUGGCCCUCGAACCGUGGAGGAUAGUGUUCGACUCAAGCUUUUUCCCCCCAACGACUUUGGAGGCGCGGGAACUGAAGGCGAUAGUGACUCCGGCCACUUCUCGAAUCAAUCCCCUCCACACCCGAUGCAGACCCCUUCAAGUUCGACCAGCCACUCACAGUCGUGGGGGGAGUCACCAAGAUCAGCAAGUGACCGCUCGAGCUCUCAACCUAGAUCUUUCCCCCUGCGCCCCGAGGUGGAGGAAGCCCUUCUCAUGUAUUUCGGGCAGCAAGUCCUCCCAAGGACUCCAGUUGGCGUAACGUUUCCCCAAUGGUUCUAUAAAAAUCGUUGUUUUCGAGCGGCUGUCCUAGCUCUUUCCUCGAGCUUUCUUAAAUUGGACCGGAAUCCGGGCAACAGCCACAAUGUCGCGAAUGCAGCAGUUCAUGCAUAUGGACGCAACGACAAAAUCAACUGGCUGUACUAUGACACGGCAGUCAAGACUCUCAAUGAGCAGCUAGAGAGCCCACACAAAGAGGACCUGGAGCAGCUGGCUGGCGCGGCAUUGCUCCUGGCUUAUCAUGAUAUUGAGGUAGGCACCCCUCUUGGUGUGAGAAAUCAUGCAUGUGGGCUUGACGCACUCGCCUCUCGGAUGGACUUUAGCACCUGCUCAACCCCCGGCCUAUUCAAGGCGUGGAGAAUGCUUCGCUGCGAUCGGAAAUUCUCAAGCCUGGCAACCCGCAAAACCAUAACUGCCGUCGAUGCAUACGACAUGAGCAGUGUUCUUGAUCAACAGAUCGCAAUCCGAGAGGUCCUGAUUGGGCUGUGGAAACUUCAUUCACGAUAUUUCAUGGAAGCGACCUUUUUGUCAAACUCCCAAAUGGACUCUUCACUGCCGCCCUUUUCAUGUGCAAAUAACGAUGAAGAGGAGGGCAGCAUUGUGCCGAGUCCAUCCGAGAGAGUUAGCCAGUGGCUUCAAUUGGUUCUCAACAGAGACUGUGACGUCCACCAGGCUCAGCAGAAAGACUUUUAUUCAGACAGCCUUACCCAACAUGUGAUAAAACAACAAUGUACUUACUUCGCCAAACAGCUAGACCAGUGGUAUGAAGGGGUUGCGGAGUCUGAUCUACCAAGGGUCAAAAUUGGCACCGACUCGGAUUUUGUGACGAGCAGUUCCAUCUCGGAUGUCUUGGUAACAUAUCGGCUUUCAAACGAGAGCAAGGCCCUUGAUCACAUUUUGUACUUGCUGUCUCGGAUGAUUUGCAACUAUCUCCGAUCCGUGUUCAACCCAGGAGCAGUGGCUCCCGUCUCGGAAGCAUGGGCCAAAGUGAUCCUCGGGAUCAUUUGCGGCAUGAACUUCACUCGUCAGAACUUCACGUUGUUCCGUGUUGAUAUGCUACUUCUCAUCACCGCGCUUCUAAGUGAGGGGACUCGAGUUGUGAUGAUCAUUUUAGAGCACGUGAUACCCCAGAUCAAGAGCAUCGACGAGGCAGAUCCAGGAUUCUUUACGUGGGCGUACUUGAAAAGCAUUCUCCAUCUUGUGAUACAGGAGAGGCUUCAAGGAAGGACAAUCCGUCUGAUAAUUGAUGACUCCAUCCAAGACUCGGAGCAGAGGCAUACAGCUGUUAGACAUCGGCUUGUUGCUUUUGGGGACUUUAGUGCGCAAGGCCAGUUUCGGGAUGUGUACAGCGUGGAGUGA